AUCUUGUCUUCCAGUUCCUCCUCCGACCCACUUGUCUCUCACGGAUGCCACUUUGGUCGAACAGUAUUCUCAUUGUGUAACUACCCUUCCUUACUCACCAACAGCAUCUUAAGACUGGAACUACUGGAGGAUACUCCUUUGGAGGAAUUCUCUGCUGAAGAGCGACGAGAACAUUGCAUCAUCAGGCAACUUUCAGACUCAUAUCCUGGCCUCCUGGAAUGA